UCUAAUGCGAUAAAUUUUCGCUUACCGUUUUUUCUGGUUAUGUCCCUGUGAAGAAGAAGAACAAGAAGUACAAGAAGAGGAAAUAAAAUCCCCUGUUGUGGUUCGGUUAACCCCUGAAGUGAUGAAACACAGACAUGAAACAGAGUUGAAACACAUUGUUUUUGGGAUUGCAGCUUCAUCAAACUUGUGGCACAUUAGAAAAGAGUACAUCAAGACAUGGUGGAGGCCUAAACAAACUAGAGGGGUUGUGUGGAUGGAUAAGCGUGUGCGAAUCCAAAGAAACGAAGGGCUACCGGAGAUAAGAAUCUCUGGUGACACUUCAAGAUUCAGGUACGUGAACCGCCAGGGGCAAAGGUCAGCAUUGAGGAUAUCAAGGGUGGUGACAGAGACACUAAAGCUUGGGUUGAAGGAUGUGCGGUGGUUCGUGAUGGGCGAUGAUGACACAGUGUUUAUGGUUGAUAAUGUGGUUAGGAUUCUUAACAAGUAUGAUCACAGGCACUUCUAUUAUGUUGGGAGUUCGUCGGAGAGUCAUGUUCAGAACAUACAUUUUUCAUAUGCCAUGGCUUAUGGUGGGGGAGGAUUUGCUAUAAGCUAUCCUUUGGCUAUGGAGCUAGCAAAGAUGCAGGAUCGUUGCAUUCAGAGGUACCCUGCUUUGUAUGGAAGUGAUGAUAGAAUUCAAGCUUGCAUGGCUGAGCUCGGGGUACCACUCACUAAGGAAGCUGGAUUUCACCAGUAUGAUGUGUAUGGAGACCUAUUAGGCCUUCUAGGGGCACACCCGGUGGCUCCACUAGUGUCCUUGCACCACCUUGAUGUGGUGCAACCAAUAUUCCCAAGGAUGUCAAGAGCCCAAUCCCUCAGGCACCUCAUGGAAGCUGUGCACCAUGACUCAGCCAGCAUAAUGCAACAAUCAAUUUGCUAUGAUAAGAGCAGUAACAGGUAUUGGUCAAUAUCUGUUUCGUGGGGCUAUGUGGUUCAAAUCCUGAGGGGAGUGUUGUCCCCGAGAGAACUAGAAAUGCCAUCAAGAACCUUUCUCAAUUGGUACAAGAGAGCUGAUUACACUGCAUAUGCAUUUAACACAAGGCCUGUGGCUAAACACCCUUGUCAGAAACCCUUUAUUUACUACAUGACCAAUACUCAUUAUGAUUCUAAGGCUAAACAAGUUGUUAGCACUUAUGCUCGUGACAAGUAUUCUAAAUCUCCUUAUUGCCGAUGGAGAAUGGAUUCACCAGAUAAAAUCACUUCCAUUGUUGUUACAAAGACUCCAGAUCCUUUACGUUGGAAAAAGUCACCAAGGAGGGACUGCUGCAGAGUUCUUCCAUCACAACGUAAGGGCUCAUCUAUUCUGAACGUGUGGGUGGGAAAUUGUCGAGAGGGUGAAGUUACAGAGUUGUAGCAUGUGAGUGCAUAUUUGUUUGUCUUGAAUCACUGUUUGUUGUUCUUGUUCCUAUUAUAUUUGAAGACAUAGGGACAAACGAGUACGAAAAGUGGAAAUGGAGCUUUGAAUUAUAUUCGAAAGUCUAGCUUCUAAUGGCACCAAAAACCACAUAGAACACAAGCUUAACUAUUAUCUCUGGCCUGACCAUAAUGUCACAUGGCAAGGUUUUGUCUUCUACAAUUUUAGUU